AACAGGAACCCCUCCGAUCUGCCCUUGAUGGGAUACUGUUGCUGUGCUAGGCACCAGGGUGGGAUGGCACCUGACAUUGCUGCCAUCAGCUGGCAGGUGCCAAGGAUUCUGCAUGUCUCGUGGCAGACACAGGUGUCCAUACACAGUCUAUGCUAACAUCAGGAGCCUAAGCAGAGUGGGCAGAAUGCAAGUGGUGACAUGUAACUAGAGUUUUCCUGCCUGGCCCACAGUCAGGACAAAUCUCUCUCAUCUGCCAGUCCCACAGCCGCUCAGACCCUAACAAGUAAACACAGAGACUUAUAUUGGUUACAAACUGUAUGGCCAUGGCAGGCUUCUUGCUAACUGUUCUUACAGCUUAAAUUAAUCCAUUUCUAUAAAUCUAUACCUUGCCACAUGGCUCAUGGCUUACCGGCAUCUUCUCAUGCUGUUUGUCAUCGUGGCGGCUGGCAGUGUCUCUGACUCAACCUUCUACUUCCCACCUUUAUUCUCCUCCUUGUCCUGCCUACAUUUCCUGCCUAGCCACUGGCCAAUCAGUGUUUUAUUUAUUGACCAAUCAGCAACACACUUGACAUACAGACCAUCCCACAGCAGUGACACCCUGAUCCUUGCUUCCUCAUGCACCCCUGGCUUCAGGAGCAUGUUCAGACCCACCUGGGCAUCCAGGAUGGCAUUCUGCUCCUGGUCUUUCUGCUGGAGCAGCAGCUGGUGCUGCAUCUCCAGCUCCCGUCCUGUAGCCUCUCCUCACAGCACAUGACUGCCAAGUCCUUCUCAUCCUUCUCCAGCAGAAUCAUGUUCUCUUUCAUCUGUGGGUGCAAGACCAACUCAGGUGGGUUGGAGAGAUGACAGAAGACACGCUGGUGCUCAUGAGGUGCAGCUAAGCUACUCACACAGACAGCAGUGUCAGCAGCAUCUGUGACUCCAUCAUGUCCAUGGUCUGCUGCAGAUCCUGCAGGGCCCAGCUGUUCAGUUCUCAGUAAGCCAUGUUCACCCGGCUCUUCCGGGUAUGGCAGAACCCCCAACCUCUGUGUACUUUAUAGGUUCAAAUGGAAAUAGUGUCAGAGGGGUUGGGGGUGGAGCCAGGUCUAUUCUUGCCUGAGAAUUGUAUGGGUAUCCCCUACCCCACUCAGUAUAUGAACACACUCACCUGAGCAGGUCUCAUGGGCACCACAGUCCUGGCCUCUGUCCUAGAGGAGGACUGGCUGCCUCUGACCUGAAGCCUUAGGGGCUGAGAGUCAGAACUCCCCACUGCCCAAUAUCUCUGUAUCACCUGUCUCUUCUUGUAAAGGGUUCUCUUUCUCUGAGGGGUGGUAAAGGACUUGAAGUUGGCUUUCUUUGACAUUGUCUUGUCUAGCUGGGGAGCCUCCCUGAACAUGCUUUUGUCUAAAAUAGACCCAUUUUAUUUAUUUAAAGAAGAGUCUUUCACUUGGUUUUUGGAGAUGUAGUCUAGGUUGGCCUAAGACUCAAUCUUCCUGCCCCCGCUUGGGGCUUCAGGCUUGUGCCACCAUAAGUGACCAAGAACAUAACAGGUGCCUCUUGACUCAUGACUCAGACUGUCACAAGAGGAAGAUGUCACCCUCAACCCCAGCACCCAGGCCCUCAUGCCCUUUACAACAGAAGCACUGCCUGGGACCUGUUCCUGCUGCUGUCACUCUGCCUGGGACCUGUACUUGCUACCUCCAUCCUGCCUGGGACCUGCACCUGCUGAUGCCACCGACCUGGGACCCACACCUGCUGCUGUCAUCCCACCUGGGACCCACACCUGUUACCACCACCCAGCCUGUGACCUGUACUUGGUACAGUCACCCUGCCUAGGACCUGUACUUGGUACAGUCACACAGCCUGGGACCUGCCACCCCACCAGGCAGGAGGGAACUGACCCACACUGCCAGUUGAGAACACACUGGGACCCACAAUCCUAGGCCUGGUGUGUAUGAAAGGCACAGAUUCUUCUCACAGCAGUGAGUCAAACUGGCAACAAGGGCUUUCUAAGGCUGUGGACCAUCCUUACAAGCUCAGCUGCUGAGGGGCUAAAAGAAACCACUUACCAUUGAUGGCUGAAAGGUCUAGGUCAGGUGGAGCUGUGCUGUGCCCAUCCAGCAUGGUGGACUGCAGGUUUCCUCUUCCCAUCAUCACCUGACUGUCUUCUGCCCAAAGAAUGCCACUGUCAGUGCCAUUGGGCCUGCACCUCUUGGUACAGUACUGCUUGGGGCCCCCAGGACUGUUUCUUCCAGGGUGUGUGGGUGCUGGACUCUUGUGCCUGUGAGCCCCGUGGCUGAGGUGAGGGGCAGCUCCUCAAUUCUCUUGUCCUUGUGCGCAGACUUACAGAAGCAUGAGCUAAAUAAGCCUCUUUAAGUGUCUUGUUUUUUAGGAAGUUAUUUACUGUGGUGAGUGAGACUGUUGUGGGCUGAGGUCCUUCUAGGCUGGUCCUAGGGACUGAACUCAGGGAACCAGGCAUGCAGCCAGUGCCUUUACUGGCUGAGCCAUCUCACGGGGUGGGAGUUGAGUGGGUAGGGGGAAUCUUUUUAUUUCUUUAAGAUCUAUUUUUUUUGCCAGGUGGUGGCACACACCUUUAAUACUAGCACUUGGGAGCCAGAGGCAGGCAGAUCUCUAUGAGUUCAAGGCCAGCCUGGUCUAUGGAGCUAGUUUCAGAAUAGCCAGGUAUACACAGAGAAAAGCUGUCGUGAAAAACAAACAAGCAAGCAAACAAACAAAUGAAGACUUGCCCUUCUGUUUUUUCUAAGAUUUUAUUAUUAGAUAUACAGAGUUCUGCCUGCAUGUAUCACUACAGGCCAAAAAGGGCACCAGAUCUCAUUAUAGAUGGUUUUGAGCUGCCAUGUGGGUUCUACAAGUUGAACUCAGGUCCUCUGGAAGAGCAGCCAGUGCUCUUAAUUUCUGAGCCAUCUCUCCAGCCUUCUAAGAUCUGCUGAGCCUUCUCUCUAGCCCCAACAAAUUCUUUCUCAGAAGAGCAAAUUACUGCCAAGCAUAAUUUAGUGGCCCACACCUUUACUUUUAGAGGACUCAGGAGGCAAAGGCAGUUGGAUCUCUAUGGGUUACAGGACAGCCAGGGCCACACAGUGAGACCUUGUCUCAAAAACAAACAACAAACCCUGUCAACUCCCCAGGCACAGGCAUUGUAAACAGACUAAAGGGACCAUGGGUGCCAUUAGGCUAAGUGUUUCUUCUUUGUGGUGCUGAAGAUGGAGCCCUGCUGAGCAAGUCUUGGGAUGAUCAUAACCCACAAACCACAACUUAUAAUUCCUAGAGAUAAACAUAAAUCUGUUCAAAGUGGUGACCUAUCAGAGAGGUAGAGAGGGGCUCUAUUUUACUGCUUUUACAACCGUGCUAUGCAGGGGAACAGUUAAGAAAUUUCACAGUACCAUAGGAGCUACUGACUUCUGGAGCUAUGAAGUUAGUAGUUCCUGUGCUCAAGGCCCAACCCAGCACUCAGGAAUUCAGAGCUAUCCUCAGAUGCAAGGCAACUUCUGGGCCAGUCUGGGCUACAUGAGACCCUGUAUCAAAACAACAACAAACAAACAAAAAACAAAACAAAAACAAUAGCCAAAAAACACUGGGAUGUGUUGGCUGGCUCAGCCCAUAAAGGCGCUUCCUUGCCUGGUAAGCCUGAUGAUGGACUCAAUCUGGGGAAUGCACAGGAAUCUGGAAGGAGAGAAGAACUCCACAGAGCUGUCCUCUGAUGCCACAUGUGCCAAGGUGCCAGGAACAACUACCUAUGAUGACACAAUGAAAUAAAAUAAAAUAGUUCCUCAGCUUUGAUACUGCUGACCUCUGGGCUAGUCAGGGCCUAUCCAGGGUUGCUGUGUGUACCAAGGGCUCAACUAGCAGCUGUAGUUCCAUCCAUCAAUGACAGAAAUCCAAAUAACAUGUCUGCAUACAUCCCUAACCAGUCAUCGUCAUUGUUAGAUGAGCACUCUGUUUAAUCCAGACAGGUCCUGGCCCCUGACUGGCCCAGCUUCAAUCACAGCCCUCACUCAGUGACAUAAGAAAAUCCUAGACUCAUGCGCUGCUCUCAUCCCCACCUGGAGAAUUUUUUGUUGCUUUUUUUUUUUUUGAGGUAGGGUCUCAUGUGGCCCAGACUGGAUUAAAUCUCUCCAGUGUGGCCAAGGAUGACUUUGAACUCCUGAUCUUCCUAUCUCCAACUCCUAAAUGCCCAGAUGUCAGGCACCCAGCGGGCUCUAAUUUCUGCAGAGCCCCUAAACCAACAGAAUGCAGUAGUCAAUCCCCACCUGGUCCCUGGUUCUGCAAGUAGUUCCUUGGACAUAUGGCUGUGCCCUCAGACACACUGCCCCAUGCUCCCGUCACAAACACUUGAAUCAUAUCCUUUCUGACAGAGACCCCUUGAUGGUCAGUUUUCAUUGCCCACCUGACACUAUCUAGGAUCACCUGGGAAGUGAGGGGUUGUCUGGAUCAGGCUGGACUGUGGGCAUGUCUGUGAGAGGUUGUCUUGAUUGCUCUGGGGGAGGCCUGGCAGCUCCUUCUCUGAUGCCAGAAUGCCAACCCCCAAGCCCCAGCCAGGCCCUGCCUUUGGUCCUUGGCAAUGCGCUGGUCCUUCCUUCAGGUGGCUUUCCAGCAGCUGGUACAGAAACCUGUUAUGGAACAGUCAGAGAUCAAGCCACUUGACCUUUGAUGUAUUUGCUUAGAGGUCAGAGAGAGAUGCAGGAGUCUUGAAACUGUGUAUACAGGACAAGCAGGAUUUGUUUAACAGUCACAUUCAUCAGACAUGGGAAAUUAAUGGCACAUCUGCUGGACUGCCUUCAACACCCAGCCAUCUCAAUGGGCCUGUGCUCCUGUGUGCGGUGGAGGUGCUGGCAGCUGACUUCCUAUGGCAUUCUCAAGAUGUGCUUGUUUUCUAUACAUAUUGCUUUGGACUUAAGAGGACACCAAAUUUCUACACUGGCAUAAGUCUUCAAAGCUUACAAACAGCAACAGCACAACAAGCAACAGUGGAUGCCAGGCUGCCAGUUAUCCCAGGUAAAGCAAGAAGGAGCACGAUGGGGGUGAUGUUGUGGUUCCUGCCCUUCUCAUUCACAACUGAAUGAAACCCUCCCUAGGAAAUAAACAGACAGCAGGGUGUGUACAUGUAACGGUCUUAUUAAAUAAGAAACACAGAGCCAAAUGCAGAGUUAAAAGCCCAAGAGGUCAGAGCAGUAGCUAAGAGCUGAGACUGAAACCGUCUUCUUACCCCUCGCUGCCCCUGCCAUCCUUCCCCUGAGAAAGAGACCUAUUUCCUGUGUGUCUGCCUUUUUAUUGAUUUUCUGUUCUGCCUUUUCAUUGAUUGUAAACCCAACCACGUGACCUUCUCGUCACUACCUGUCUGUACAGACCUCCAGGUCUUCUAUGGUUGGUAUUGAGAUUAAAGGCAUGUGUCUCCAUGCUGGAUGUAUCCCUGAACACACAGAGAUCUGCCUGUCAUGUGAUUGGGAUUAAGGGCGUGUGCUACCACUGCCAGACUUCUGCUAGGGCUUGCUAUUAGCUCUGACCCCCAGGCAACUUUAUUUAUUAACAUACAAAUAAAAUCACAUUUCAGCACAAAUAAAAUAUCACCAUAAGGGUGGAAGAGGAAAACUAAAACCUACUCCUUGCAGAAACUACCCAAGCAACCACAGAGCUCCCUGAGGUCUAGGAAAAGGUCUGUGUGAGGACUAAAGUCAUGCCACCAUGUUGGAUCAUGUUUUUCUUUUAAAAAAAGAAGGAAAAAGAAGAUUUACUUUAUGUGUACAAGGUAUUGCCUGCAUGUGUGUAUGUACACCAUCAUACUAACAUUAGCUAGAUCAGUGUUACAUCAAAUGCAGAAGACAAAAAUAAUUAAAUCUCAAUUAUAACAGAGCUAAUGGGGGGGGGCUGAAGAGAUGGCUCAGUGGCUAAAAGCACUGGCUGCUCUUGCAGAAGACCCAGGUUCAGUUUCUGAUGGCUCAUGGCAGCCUGUAACUCCAGUUCCAGGGGCAUUGCUGUGAACUUCAUAGGCACCAAGCAUGCACAUGGCGCACAGACACACAUCAGGCAAAACACUUGGACACAUAAACUAAGUAAAUAAAAAUAUGGGGCUAGCAGAUCUAUAAUUCAGUGAUUUCUGUCUCAGUGGCUUUGGUUAUCACUUCUCUCUCCUGACAAUUCAGCCCUAAUGGCUUCUACGAUAUCACCUAGCUCCAUAGGGCAUGAACUGGUAGACACAGUAGGCCAAGGUUCCCAAAGCAAUCUGCACCUCACUUUUACACCUUCAGCAUGGUUGUUCCUAAGUGUGCAGAGUUGGAAGGGUACAGGUCCAAAGCCAUAGUCAAAUCUAUUACUGUCCUCAGUAUACAACAUAAGGGAUUUUUGUUUUUGAUUUUCUGAGACAGGGUUUCUCUGUGUAACAGCCUGGCUGUCCUGGAACUCGAUCUGUAGUUCAGGCUGGCUUUGAACUCAGAGAUCUGCCUGCCUCUGCCUCCUGAGUGCUUGGGGCUGUAACUCCAUGGUAAGUAUCUGCCCAGUGCUGAGUUCCUGCGUUCCAUUCCCAGUGCUGAAAAAAAAAAACAAAAACAAAACCCCAAAACUCUAGUGCUGUGUACACGGAGUGUGCCAUCAUGCCAGCCUUGUGUCUUCUAAGAGUGACAGACAUUGCAUUUAGGGCUUGUUCCAAUUUCCUACGAUAUGUACUCUACUCUCAGUUUCUGUCAAGAUCCUCAUCCCAAGUAACCAAGGCUCUCAGUGGGUGUGGAUGCCAGCAAGCAGCCCAGACAACUUCCUGCCUGGCCAAUGGUGCCCUCUAUGCGGGCUUACAUUGAGAGUUCUGGCUAGAAGUUUCAGACUCCUGCUUUGCUCCUAGCCUUGUGGCCUUUCAGCAUCCUGGAAUGUAGCCCUUCAGCAGUGUCUGGGCUUCUAGACACCCACAGUUCUCCUGGUUUUCCAUGUUAGACUUUGGCUGGAGUCCAGUCAACCCAUGGUACAUUCCUGGGGCCACCUACACUGUUGUUAUUUUCUUUAUUAUUUUCAGUGCUGGGAAUGGAAACCAGGGCCUUCUGCAAGGUAGCCAAGUGCAGUAGCACUAAGCCAGGCCUGUAGCCCCCUUCUGGGGGAUUCUAGGCAAGGACUCCACUGGCGAUCCAUACUGGCACCCAGCCACUCACUGUGAGGUUUUAGGCAGGGACUCCACCCAUAAGCCACACUACCUCCACGUGGGAGAGGGAGUUCUGUGGUUGAUAUAUUUGUACCUUAAUAAACUUAUCUGAGGGUCAGAGAACAGAACAGCCAACAGAUUAGACAUAGAGGCCAGAAAUGGUGGUACACACACCUCUAAUCCUAUCACUUGGGAGGCAGAGAUCCAUGUGGAUCUCUGUGAGUUCAAGGCCACACUGGAAACAGCCAGGCAUGGUGACACACACCUUUAAUCCCAGCACUUGAGAUCUCAUGUCUUGCUUGGGAAAGACACACGCCUUUAAUCCCAGGAAGUGAUGACAGGAAACAGGAAGGUAUAUAAAGUGUGAGGACCAGGAACUAGAGCCUUUUCAGCUUUUAGGCCUUUAGCAGCAGUUCAGCUGAGAUCCAUUCCGAGGACUUACAAGCUUCAGUCUGAAGAUUCGUGGAAACAGGAUCUGAUCAGGAGUUGUCGAGGAAACAAUUACUCUUUGUAAGAAAUCACAGUAGAACGAAAAUUUACAAUAUCUACGUUUAUUUCCUAGUGUGUUAUUAAAUGGAACUUUGUGUCAUCAUAACACAGUAGAAGCAGCGACGGUCGGAUAACCGUUUGUGAGGAUGACACGGCACGGUAAGAACUGUACUGCAGGGGCUGUCUACACCUACCAUGAGAAGAAGAGGGACUCAGCGGCCUCAGGCUAUGGGACCCAGAACAUCCGACUGAGCCGGGACGCCGUGAAGGACUUUGACUGCUGCUGUCUCUCACUGCAGCCCUGCCAUGAUCCUGUGGUCACCCCAGAUGGCUACCUGUACGAACGGGAGGCGAUCCUGGAGUACAUCCUACACCAGAAGAAAGAGAUUGCCCGGCAGAUGAAGGCCUAUGAGAAGCAGCGAGCAGCCCAGAGGGAAGAGCAGAAACAGCUUCAGCAAGCUGCAGCCCAGGACCAAGUUCGAGGCUUCCUGGAGAAGGAGGCAGCCAUCGUGAGCCGGCCCCUCAACCCCUUCAUGCCCAAAGCUGCCACCUUACCCAACACAGAUGGUGAGCAGUCAGGACCCAGGGCGGGUCCCCCAGACAAGGACAAGAACAAAGCGCUGCCCAGCUUCUGGAUUCCCUCACUGACGCCUGAGGCAAAGGCCACCAAGCUGGAAAAACCAUCUCGAACUGUGACCUGCCCGAUGUCUGGGAAGCCUCUAAGCAUGUCGGACCUGACGCCAGUGCGCUUCACGCAGCUGGGCGACUCUGGAGACCGUGUGGGACUCAUCACACGCAGUGAGCGCUACGUGUGUGCUGUGACCCGAGACAGCCUGAGCAAUGCCACACCAUGUGCAGUGCUGCGGCCCUCUGGGGCUGUGGUCACCCUGGAGUGUGUAGAGAAACUGAUCCGGAAGGACAUGGUGGACCCGGUGAACGGGGAUCCGCUGACAGAACGUGAUAUCAUCGUGCUGCAGCGCGGCGGUACAGGCUUCUCAGGCUCAGGAGUGAAGCUGCAGGUAGAGCUGUCUCGGCCAGUGAUGUAAGCCUGAGCUGUGACCUAAUAAACCUGCCUGUGAAUGGGAAAAAAAGAAAUACAUUUUAAUGCCAGGUGGUGGUAGAGCAUGCCUCUAAUCUCAGCACUUGGUCGGACAGGCAGAUCUCUGUGAGUUCAAGGCCAGCCUGGGCUACAGAGCCAGUUCCAAGAAAACUAGAGCUGUUGUUCCACACAAGUUAAAGUUCAUCAACACAGUAAUGUCGUUAAGAACCAGGAAUGGAAGUAGUCAUAAGAAGAUCCUGGCUUCUUCUGGGCAUUUGAGUUGUUCUUCUCCUCAGGAAGGACAUCUUACAAAACCUAAGGAUUUCAUAAGAAUCUAAUGGAUGGAUCUUAAGACUCUCCAAGAUUUUCAUUGCCAAAGGGCAAAUACUGGAAUUAUCUGGAAACAUAAGCUCCAGAGAACAGCAAGGACCCCAUUGGUAAAUGAUUAUCAGGAAUAGAAGUGGCCAAGAUGAGAAGAUUUUAAUCUUUCAUUUCAUUUAUCUAUCUGUCUAUCUAUCUAUCUAUCUAUCUAUCUGUCUAUCUUGUCCUCUUUCUUUUUGUUUUAAGUCUAGCUACCCAGGCUGAUCUCAAACUUAAGUAUUUCUUUCUUCUAUGUGUGCUACUGUGCUUGGCACAGAAGAUUACAUACCCUGAAGCGUGUCUGAAACCUGUUAAAUAAAUCUCCUCAAAAGUGAGUACUGACAUAAUUCAAUUCACU